CUCUUCAAUAUUUGAGUCUUGGCAACAACCGUCUGCAGGGAACCAUCAUCAGCGAAAUCUGCAAAAUCAAGCAGCUGAGUGAGUUGUACAUAACUGAGAACAAGCUAAUUUCUGGAGAGGUUCCAACUUGCUUUGGUAAUCUUACUUCUCUAAGAAAAUUUUACUUGAACUCCAACAAACUCAGUAAGGUGCCUUCUUCUCUUUGGAGCCUCAGAGACAUUUUUGAGGUGAACUUGUUUGACAAUGCUUUAACUCUGUCUCUUCCAAUUGAAAUUGGGAACUUAAAGGCUGUGACUUUCUUGGAUCUAUCAAAGAAUAUGAUCUCAGGAAGCAUUCCUGGGGCCAUUUCUGGAUUGCAAAAUUUGCAAAUUCUCAACUUAUCACAAAAUAAAUUGGUAGGGGGUAUUCCUGAUUCACUUGGCAGUUUGAUGUCAAACCUUGUAAUGUCUUAUUGGAUGAAGACAUGGUUGGCCAUGUCAGUGACUUUGGCAUUGCCAAAUUGCUUGGCGAGGGACAAUCCAAAGAAUAUACCAAGACCAUGGCUACAGUUGGCUACAUUGCACCGGGAUUAAGCAUGAAAGGUUGGAUUAGUGAAUCAUUGUCACGUGCAAUUGAUCGAGUUGUGGAUUCCAACUUGUUACAAGAUGAAGGUCACCACCAUGUUGAUGACAUAAUAGCAUCUACAUCAUCUAUCUUGAAACUGGCCUUGAAUUGUUGUGAGGAUUUACCUGAAGAACGAAUGAACAUGAAAGAUAUUGUUGCAUCACUGAACAAAGUUAAGGCCAAGUUUCUUAAAGCUAAUGACAAGGAUGUCGUUCGGUUUUGUAGAAAAUGAACCACUUUGUAAUAUGUUUAAAUGUUUAGUACAUUCCCUUUCUUUGCUUUUGAAUUUUGGCCUCAGUAGAGUCUAUAUUUUUCUACAUUAGGAACAUAAGAUGUUGCAAUAAACAUUAUCAAAAGAGAGUCAACAAA